ACCUGGACCCGGCAGCGUCAGGCUGGCCCAGUAGGUCUUCUCUCCGAAGCUCCUCCUUCGCUCCGGUUUUUCCGGGAAUCCGGCUUUGAUCUAGGCAGUGUGGGACAGGUUUUCCCAGCUGCUGCGGGUGCCCUCCGGUCAGUCUGCCGCACCGGAGCAGGCGAGGUCCUUUCCCUGUGGAGGCUCAGAGUUCCGGUAGGGCGCAGCGGGCCGACGUGGUGCUUUGGCGCUGACCUUUUGCCCCUUCUUUCUUCUUUUCGCGAUUCCAGCGUCCCAGAAGCGUGUGCGAGUCCCCCAUGGCGGAUACGACCUCAAACGGCCCCCAAGGGGCGGGCGCUGUGCAAUUCAUGAUGACAAAUAAACUGGACACAGCAAUGUGGCUUUCUCGCUUAUUCACAGUUUACUGCUCUGCUUUGUUUGUUCUGCCUCUUCUUGGGUUGCACGAAGCAGCAAGCUUUUACCAACGUGCUUUGCUGGCCAAUGCUCUUACCAGUGCUCUAAGGCUGCAUCAAAGAUUGCCGCAUUUCCAGUUAAGCAGAGCAUUCCUGGCCCAGGCUUUGUUAGAAGACAGCUGCCACUACCUGUUGUAUUCACUUAUCUUUGUCAAUUCCUACCCUGUUACAAUGAGUAUUUUCCCAGUCUUAUUAUUUUCUUUGCUUCAUGCUGCCACAUAUACGAAAAAGGUCCUUGAUGCGAAGGGUUCAAAUAGUUUACCUCUGCUCAGAUCUGUCUUGGAUAAAUUAAGUGCUAAUCAACAAAAUAUUCUGAAAUUCAUUGCUUGUAAUGAAAUAUUCUUGAUGCCUGCUACAGUUUUUAUGCUUUUUAGUGGUCAAGGAAGUUUGCUCCAGCCUUUUAUAUAUUAUAGAUUUCUUACUCUUCGAUAUUCCUCACGAAGAAAUCCAUAUUGUCGGACCUUGUUUAAUGAACUGAGGAUUGUUGUUGAACACAUUAUAAUGAAACCUGCUUGCCCACUGUUUGUGAGAAGACUUUGUCUCCAGAGCAUUGCCUUUAUAAGCAGAUUGGCACCAACAGUCGCAUAGUUUAACAUCCAGUUAAGCUAUAUAUGAGUACAUAAUAUAAGCAUUUUUAGCAGCUGGUACUUCUGCUAGGGGGUUGUAAAUUCCAGGUGUUACACUGACCUCAAUCAAACUUACAUAAUUUAUAAAAAUGCAUCUCAAUGGAAAAAUAAUCAUUUUCCUGACAUGUUAAAUCAAGCCUUUUAAAAAGUUUCUGAGAAAAUUUUACUGUGUAGUGUUGCUGAUGGUUAAGGAAGCUUGUAUUUAGUGAUAAAACUACCAUAGUUUUUUGAUGCUGUUGUACCUAUGUCAUGAAGUACAUUUAUUUCUCUUGUAAAAAUAGCUCUAAAAUUUAUUUCAAACUAAUUAGUAACCCAAAUUUAUAUAUGGCAUGAGUUCAUUAUGGAAAUAUUAACAUGUGAAUUCAGUAUAUUUUGAGACAGUAUUUUGCCAUUCAGUAAUUUUGGUUGAUGUUUUAACAGAAGCACUUCCCACUGGGUUUAGUUUCAAAUCGUUACUGAAUUGAUUUUGUACUACUUUGUUAGAACAGAUUUAUUUUGGGUGUAACAUUAUAAGAGAAAUUCUAUAUGUACGAAUAUCUUAUGCUUCUAAAUAUCUUAUGGCCUUCUUAAAUUUUAUUUCUAUAAAUACUUCUGUGGCUUUGAAUAUUUUUUUAAAAGGCUCGAGUGUAAGCCUUUUAGCCAAUUGGAUGAAUACUUAGGGUCACUUAACCAUUUUACAUCAGAAAGCAGUAGUGACGCAGAUAUCCUUUCAGACCCAUCGAGCAACAUUUCUCAGAUAGAAAAUCUUUCUUUUACAGAUGUGGACACAUAGGUAUUAUAGUUUGUAGAACUAUGUAGUUUAGAUUCUUGAACUGCCAAUUUUCUCAGUUUCUUAGGCUUGAAUUUUCAUAGACAGUUGCAGCAGUUUGGAUGCCUUUUGAAAGGAAUGUAACUGAAGAUUGAGCAUAUGACUACACUGUCUGUUCUGAAAUAAUGACGAUGAGUAUCCUGUAGAUUACAUAUUUACCCAUCAAAUCUGAUUUAAAAUGUUAAGUUGAAAGGUUUAUAGAUAAGGUAAUUGAUUGGGAAUGGGGCCAGGGGAGGAGUUGUGGUGGAAUAGUGUGCAUUUCAAUCUUGUAAUGCAUAGAUAAAUUUGGGGGAAUAGGAUGUAUUAUGCAACUGUGAUUUGGGUUGUAUAAUAUGUUAAAUCCUGUUCGUUGAGCUCCCAUCAACUCCUUUAUAAAAUUCAUACUGAUCCUUCUUACUAUUGCAUGAUUGGAAAUGUUUGAAACAUUGCACAAUUUUAGUAUAGAAUAGUGUGGUGGUUUUUGUAACCAAUUUUCUUCUGUCUGCAUGUAAUUUGGAUUUCUCAAAUAUAUUCAUUAGUAACUUACCAGUAACAUCAGUUUUCUUUCUGUUCAACUUCCUAAUCUAUAGAAAAAAGAUGAUAUUCUUCGGUAGAUUACAAGAAAAGUUCUGCUUGAUAGCUUAACUGCAAUCUGCUAUUUUUGUAUUUUUGUAAUAUUUAUCUGCUAAGCUGGAGAAGCAGCCUCAUAAUAUUCAGUUAAUUUGUGUGUGUGUGUGUGUUGUGUGUGUGGGGUUAGCCUCAUUAUCACUAUAUAUGUAAUCUGAUGGUUUUAAAAACUAAACUUUCUAGAGCAAUAAAGUGACUAUAAUGUUAAGUAAA